AUGACCAAGCAAACUCGAAUCCGCUCGAACUUUACACAGCCGACGCUGGUCGUCGUGCUGCUCUGUCUCGCUGCAUUGCUCGUGAUGACGUCGAGUACCACAGCGAUGCCUGUGCCAAGCUUCGGCUGUGAGUGCAAUUGGGUCUAGGCAGAGAGACCUGAACGAUGCUAGCGGUCUCCUCUUUGAUGUAACCUUCCAGCUCGUUGCUGACAUUGCUCCCGUCGUGCUCAUAUGCAGAUCUUCGAGAGCAAGCGAUGGACAAGGUCGAUGCGCUCUUCAACAGACAACCCGCCAGCCACUGCGAGCACCAUAAGCACAAGCUCAAAAACGGCUUCUCCGAAUCUCGACAUUGCGAGACUUCCACAAAGACUGCUCAUGGCACAUCUUGGUCCACUACGACCAGCACCCGCCUCGAGUCGUCUACUACCGGCGGCCGCAGCAGCGGCAGGGGCGCCAAAAGCAAGAGCCACUUGGCCAGCUACUCCGGCCCUCUCAAGUUCAGCCAUUCACCGGACGGACUGCACCACUCCUCUUGGCUAGACUUCAAUAUCUGA